ACGACUGGAUAUUACAAGGUUGCUUUGUCCUUCUUCAGCUCAACGUAGAUCAGAACCACUUAUAUACAGUCUAGUUUCUAUGGUUACACACAUUGGUUUAUCAGUCAAAUCUGGACACUAUACUGCAGUGGCAGGAAUGUGUGCCGGUCAUUACUUUGAGUUUGAUGACAAGUUAGUGUAUCACAUGUCAGUGUCAGAAGUUUUAGAAACUAAUGCAUACAUUCUGCUCUAUGAGUGUGAACCUUGUGAGGAACCUGAAGUUUCAUUAGCAGCACAGCAGCGUGAAGAAUGUAUCACAGCCACCAGAAGCAUUAAACACAAUAGUAGAAAAUGUUUCGGCAAUGCUGAUGCUUUACCCGUGCCACCAGGUAAAGAUAGGUACCCUGAUGUGUUUGGUAUACACCAGCUGGCUGUGUCACCUGAACUACCAGAGAAGGGAGAAGUAUAUUACCCACCACCUAAGCCUUUUCCUCAACAAUGUGAACCAAGUGCGUCUCCUGCAGUGAGCUUAGUAGCAAGUCUUGUGCCACACUGCGAGUCAGGUGAACAUGAGAUAAAUUGAGGUGACUCAGAGGCAGCACCACUUUGCUCUUUGGGUAUGCCUAGUUUUGACCAUUCAUUCUUACUUGACAGACCUGUGCUUAUCUGUAACAAGGCUCCAGUAAAUAAUAAUUUGAGAGAGGACUUCAAGUACAGUGCAGGUAUUACAAACAGUGGAAAAAUGACACCAUCAUUGACAGCUGUUAAUAAUAAAAAUCCUGCAGCCAACAACAUGAAUUCGCAAGCUGACGACAUUUCUAAUCUAAACAGUAUUGACAUUGUGUCACAUGAUAAUGCAAGAAUUGACAAAGAUGGCAGCAAUUCUGUGUUACUUGGUAAGAGAAUUCCUGAGAAUGUGCAUAGUGAAAAUUGCUCCAAAAAUAUGGAGUCUCGGGGUGCAUAUAGUGGCCUAUUGGAGUACACGGGAAAUAACAUCAGCUGCAGUUCAACAGUAAACCAGCACAUGAAUUUAUCUCUUCCUACACACUGUGAAGAAUCCAGUACAUAUUGGCUCUUAACAGAUUUCUUACUCCUGAAUUCAUCUGUAGCUAGUGAGAAUAGUAGUGGCAGUGACAGUGUAGCCAAUUCAAUGACAGUAGAAAAAGACAAGUGUUAUUAUGCUUUAGUAAAGUCUGACAAACUAGUUCCUCUUCAGUCAUCUUGCUCAAACAGUGAUAUGUACACAAGUGUUAAUGAGGAAAAGCUGCUAGCAGGUGAACAGGAUGUUAAUAUAAAUACACUCUACAAAUCUUACAUGAACAAUAUGGUGCCAAAAUCUACAAGUGAGCAGCAUAUUUUUAUUAGGGAUGCAGCUACAAUAAAUUAUGAAAUAUUUAGUGUUCCUGGCAAGUACCUUAAUGAAGAAACCGAAUGUGAGAUGAUUUCACCUCAGACUAAGAGAAUGAAGAUAGACAGAGAUUCCAGUAUUGAAGAGGGAACUUUAUACCGUUACAAGAACAGACAAGACAAGACACUAAGAGAAGAAGGAUCUGUACCAGCUUAUGGCUAACUCAGCUACUGUAUUUAAUGUAACAUAUUUUUCUUGCUCAGUUUGAACCAUGUCCAUAAUACUUAAUCUGAACCGGUGACAAAUAGAUACAAUUUAUGUUAAUACUGACACAGAGAUUGAUGUAUGGAUCAUAUUAAUCUAGCUCAGAAUUUGUAGUGUUUUUGGAAUUCCUUAUCACUAAUAUUAAACCUUUGUGGCUACAAUUUUUAAUUACGUGAAUAAAGGACAAAAAGUA